CUCCGACUUUCCUCCUCACACCCUCACAUCACACACGAAAUACUCCGUUUUCAUGGCGGGCAAUCAGUCAAAGAAUCACCGUAUACCUGCGGGCUUACUCCCCAAUGUCGCCUCGUCGCAAGGGCCAUCACAGGCCCCCGUUGGGCGUUCCACAUCGUACGUCGGAACAUCGAGAAAUGCCUCUGGAGGGACGCUCUCCAGGGUGAGGCGAUUCUUCUAUAGGUCGAAGGAAUGUUUCCAAAGUUCCACAAUUUCGGAUAGUCGGGAGUUGGAGGUCAAUGCUGGGCAAGUUCAGGGGGAAUAUCUUCCAGAGAUUCAAGGAUCAGGUGACAACGCACAACCAGGUCGUAUACCAGCUACGAUUGGCGGCGACAUCGGUGCUGCAUUUGAUGGCAGGGAGCUAACGUCGCAUAUCGACGGAGGCACUGUCGAUCUCACGGCUUUCAAAGAUUUUAAUGAAGUCAUUACUACUCUUCCCGAGAUCCACCCCUACUUCCACAUGGCGCUGGGCAUUUUGACGGCCGCCUCUCAUAUAUCCAUAGUCGCUCUUGAAUCAAUCGAAUCUUGACAAGGAAAUGCCCCUCCUGCGUGUGGUCAAGAAUGUCUACGAGUUUCUUACGAAAGAAGAUAAUAUCAAGAAUAUCCAGAGCAUGAAGGAAACUGCGGGGAAAAUUGCGAGGGUGACAAGUGGUGCGACGCAGUUCAUUAUAAACU